CGAACACCAUACACUCGCAUGAAGCUCUUCCCUACUUUAGUUCUCCGCCUGUCAAUACAUCAGCUACCCCGUAAGCCUAUCCAAAAUAGCCUCAAGAUCCGUGGCUUUACAACAAGCCCGAAAAUCAAGAUGCAGUCCGUGAAGAACACAAUCGCCGAGAAUAUGGGCAAGAUCGUCUCAGGCGCGCACUCUCUCGCCCCAGAGGAUUCCCAGUUCUCUCUUGAGCAGGUUCCCGAUCUCUCAGGAAAGGUUGCCGUUGUGACGGGUGGAUCGGAAGGUAUUGGAUAUGGUUGCACGCAUACGCUGCUCACCCACAACAUCUCCAAGCUUUUCGUCCUGUCAGUCACAGAGAAGGAACUCAUCGAUGAUGCAAUCAAUGCCAUCAAGGAGGAGCUCGGCGAGGAAAUGGCAAACAGGGUUCAUUGGAUUCACUGCGAACUCUCAGACUGGGAAGCCACCAGCAAGACGGCGUUUGACAUUGCUUCCAAGACGGAUAGAAUCGACAUCCUCAUCAACAACGCUGCUCGCGGCAUCAUGACAGCCCAACUGGCAAAGAACGGAGUUGAUCUCCACAUGGCUGCUAACCACAUGGGCCACGUGGUGUUGACUUCGCAUCUUCUGCCUCUUUUGAAGAAGACGAGUGAAAAGGGGGAUACAGUGCGAAUCGUGAACUUGGGCAGCAAUGCGCACGAAGGUUCACCCAAGGAUACAAAAUUCGAUAGUGUCGAAGAACUGAACAAGGAUAAUGGGCCACAACAGCAAUACGGGCGCUCAAAGUUGGCGGCUAUCCUGUACUCCAAGUAUUUGAACAAGCAUUUGACCAGCCAAUAUCCCAAUAUUCUUGUCAAUGCGACACAUCCUGGUGUGGUGGAGACAAGACAGUCGGCCGAGCUGAUCCAUGAAGCGUACCCGCUGGGCGGAUAUGCAAUGAGCGUAGGGCUCGCGCCUUUCAAAAAGACUCAAUUCGAAGGAGCUGUUUCUACUAUGUUUGCAUCGACGGCGACCACAAAAAGCGGCCAGUAUAUUUGCCCUCCGGCGAUUGUAGAGAGGGGCAGUGACCUGGCAAACGACGAAGAGCUGGGCGAACGCUUGAUGGAAUUGACAAGGAAAACCAUCAAGGAGAGGACUGCCAGUGCGAGUGUGGAGAAGGGAUGCCCAAUGAAAGAUUUCUGA